AUGUCGGUACCAAAGUCGAUUGGGUUUAUUGGUCUUGGGGUUAUGGGGCUUCGUAUGGUCGAAAGGCUUACGAAGCUGACCGAGAGAGAUGUUGUCAUUUAUGUCUUCGAUGUUAAUACCGAAGUAACAAGAGUAUUGGCUGAACAACAUCCGGGUCGCGUAGUAGUGCAGCAAAACUCUCGCGAGGUCGCAGCAUCUUCCCACACCGUUCUAACUAUGGUUCCUGAAGGGCAUCAUCUUCGUUCCGUGUACAUGACUCCAGAUGUCGGAAUUUUGUCAGCCGACCUAUCUGACAGAAUUCUGAUUGAUUGCUCCACCAUCGAUAUCACAACUUCGAGUCUCGUCCGGCAGGCUGUCAAAGGAAAAAGCACCUCCGCGUCAUUUUACGACUGCCCAGUAUCUGGGGGCUCACUUGGUGCUGAGAACGGGACAUUGACUUUCAUGCUCGGCUGUGGCCCCAAUGACCAGAACGUCGGAUUUCUCCAGAGCAUACUUAGUAUGCUAGGCAAAUCGAUCAUACCCUGUGGGGGACCAGGUCUGGGGCUCCUCGCGAAGUUCUGCAACAAUUAUUGCUCUGGUCUUAUUGCUAUCGCAACGUCUGAAGCUUUCAACAUAGCGAUGUCACAAGGGAUGGAUCCUAGAGUUCUCCACAAAAUAUUCAAGACAAGCACAGCAAGCAGCACUGUCAAUGAUACCUGGAACCCGGUACCAGGUCUCUGUCCAGACGCUCCAUCUAGUCACGGCUAUCAGGGUGGCUUUAAGCUUCGACUAAUGCGCAAGGAUUUUGGCCUAGCAGUAGAUGCAGCCAAGAGUGGGGGUGCUCGACUUGCGCUUGGCGAUGCAGCUUUGAAACUCUACACAGAGGCCAGCACUGAUCCUGAAUACAGUGAACUCGACGCAAGAGUAGUGUUCAAAUACCUCGGUGGUAAACAGGAUUGGGAGGCUGACCAGGUAGCUGGUCGAACUGAUUUGACUUGA